AGUUGGCAGCAACGCUGCGAUUCCUCGCCGAAGGUGGGUAUCAAAGGUCUGUAGGAGUGGACUCAAGCAUCGCUUUGGGAAGGAGCACCGUCUCCAAGAUAAUUUCAGAAAUAAUGACGCUCAUGGAGCGGAGACUUUGCUCAAAGUGGAUAAAAUUGUUCAUGCCUGAGCAAGAGAAAAGAGCCACCAAAAGUUAUUUUUACGAACAAUUUGGUAUUCCGGGUGUAAUUGGAUGUAUUGACGGCACGCACAUCAAGCUAUUGCAACCACAAGACGGGUCUGCUUUUUUUAACCGAAAAGGAAAUUUUAGCAUUAAUGCAAUGAUUAUUUGCGAUCAUAAUAUGGUUAUUAGAGCUAUUGAUGCUUGUCAUCCGGGUUCUAGCCAUGACUCCUUUAUAUGGAGCAUGAGCAAUGCAAGACACACCAAAAACUUGGAAAAAGGCGUUUUAUCACACUAA